UAGAAAGACAAGGGUCUUUCUACCCAUGUAUGUAUAAGGACAUGAUGUGAGACACGUUGCGAUGCAUGUCACAUCAAUUUGCAUGUGACAAUGUGAUAAAAACGUUAAAACACGUGCUAUUUUUUCCUACAUCAAUGCAAACAUUUAUUGUAUUUAAGGUAACACCUGUCAACGUCUAAUAACACUUGAUCAAAAGCUUUGCAACAUAUUUGAUAAUACGAGAAUAAGAAAUAUUUUCUAAAAUGUUAUACUUGUUAGGUGAAAAUAACUCGAGCAGAAGACCAAUACCAAUAUCUACUACAGAUUGGGUCUCAACACCCAGAUCUCAAUUAACUGCACUCUCAGGAACGCAUUUCCUAGCCGGGGUUGAACAAUUAGAAAUUCAAAGGAUAAUCAAUUUGAACGGCUUACUUGGAUUAUCUGGAACUAAAAAGCAAUAUAGAGUAAAAGUACCAAAAGCUGAAACGAUUUUUUUAGCAAUGGAAUCUCGAGCAGAUAACAAAGAUAUAAAUAGAAUAGCAAAUUUGACAUUGAUUCUUUUAGACCAAGCUGGAGAAACGGCGUUUGUUAUUAAGAAAAAUCCUGUAUGGAAAUAUAUGCCUGGACCAGUGCAUAAAAUGACAAUAGAGAGUACGAUUUUAAUUGGGAGUGUAGAACAAAAUUUCUCUAUAUUGGGACCAAGUUUUACCGUUUACGAUGCAUCACGAAAACCUUUGUGCUAUAUAUAUGGUCCUAAUGUAAGCAGUUGCUGCAUGUACAAGGAAUCACAAUUUCAGAUUAUCUCGAUCGACGGUUCACAUCAAAUAGCGUCUUUAAUGCACCAGUGGAAUAACACGAUUCAUGAUUACACUUUUUUACUUACUUUCCCGUUAGAUCUUGACAUAAAAUUAAAAAGUUUAUUACUCGGUGCAUCUUUUCUAAUGGUACCUUCUAAAUGUACAUUAAGACUCUUCAAUUUUUCAUUUUAUACAUUUAUUAUAUUUCAUCAAUAUUUAUCAUUUCAGGAACACUUAUAUUUUGAAAAUAUUUAGGAAAAGUAAAAAGUCACGUUCAUUUAAUAAAGGAAGUCAAUGUGAUGAA